UUAGCGAUAUAUAAGUAACUAGGCUGAAGGAUGCGUGUGUGCAAUAUAAACGCUACUGUCCGGUGAACGAUGCGUUUGUCCGAUGAACGGGGUAUGCAAGGCUCCGCACAGUUUUCAAUCUCACUCUCAGCAGAGAAGAGGGACUGCGUUCAAAAACGGAUAACUGAGAACUCGCGUCCGGAAUAUGAUGGUGUCCGAGGAACGGGGCCGCGCUCUACAACGUGUACCAGGCCCUCUUCUCUGGGCGCGCAAGAGGGCCUGGGUACGAGGCUAGCCAGCGCUCUGCCGCGACUAAGUUUCUUGCAGACUCCCUUCCUAGCAGUGGACUACGCCUACUAGAAAAGAGUACUGCGUCGUAGCUUUAGUUUCAUUUGAAGCGACGCUCGAUGGAGGUUCACGUAAUAGGUACAGUACGUACACCCCUAUGGAUCCGGGCCUUCAUGUCAUUGACCACACGAGAGAUGAACACUGGCGCAAGUUUCGCAGAACACCUAUCUAGAGUAGUAGCGAUAGCUUUUAUAGACAUGUACAGUACGGUACUCUAGCUGAACCUACGGCAACAAAACUCAAACAGUCAGAAAAGGCUAAUGAUAGCAUUCGUUCGUCGCGUUUGUGUGGGAAUCUCCGACUGACAACAAUGCUACUUCUUCCUAGUCUUCCGCAGGCAGUCCCUCCCCAUUUUGGCAGGAAUCCGAGGAGUAAAAAGGGGAGGAGCUGAGACUAUAGUUUGCUUAGUGCACGCGAGAAUACGGGUGUGUGGUUCCAAACGGUCACUGAAGCCUCUCGCAAGUGAUGUCUUUCUCACUACCUCCUGUUGCAUCUUAUGUUCUUGUCUCUACUUUGCCAUCUCAGCUGACAAUUUCUAUUUGUGAAUCGUUAAUUAAUUCUUCAAGACGGCUCGACUGGUGCCGCUUUUUCGAAGAUCUUCGGGCACAGACCGUUGGUGACAUGAAACCUUCAGAAAUUUCGUUGUGUUUAUUUAAUAUGUCGAAGGAGAGUGUUGAUCUUGCGUUGAGAGGUUGGGCUAAACGUGUUUGCGCGUCAGUUGCUGAUCUAGGGAGAGCACUGCAUAAGCUACAUAUGCAUGCGAGCUGCAGUUUGCUGCAAACGUACAUCAUCGGCAAGCUGUGGAGAGUUAGAGCAUUUUCAUUACCAUUGAAGAUCAAUCUACCAAGACCUUCUUAUUCAAUGCUUGUUUGGGAAGAAGAUCUUUUGCUUCUUGACAAGAAAUUUCGGAGCAUAGAAUGUUCAAAGUCAGCAUGCACUAGCACCAGUGGCUUUGUUAGUCUUUUGUUGGUCACAGGAGCAACGGUCAGUGGCAAGUCAGAACUUGUUCGGCAGUAUUCAGAAUGGUUACUUCAAGAUAUGUCAAGAAAUUUUCUUAAUCCAAUUACAUUGGUGAUGUUUAUCAAUGCAGCCACCCCAAGUAGCUUUGAAAGUAGUCUAAGAUUACUUGCUGCGCAUCUUGGCUGUUUGCAGGCAGUCAAAGUUGCAUCUCAGUUCUCCAACAAGAAACAGCAGUUGAAACUUCUGAGUGAUAGCAUUAAGUAUGAGCUGAUGAUGCAAUCUGGCUGGUUGCUUAUUAUUGAUAAUUUAACCAACAGUACUGUAGAGGUUGCAUUGUCUUACUGGCCACAGACAGGUGCUCAAGGAUGGGGCCGGGGACGAGUAAUCAUAACAUGUAGUAAUGAAGUAGCCUCAAAUUCUUAUUCAGUUGAAAGAGAAUCCUGUUGUGACUGUAAAGUAGGAGAGAAGUUUACAACUGCUAAAUGUUUGGCACUCAUUAGGAGUAUCACCAACAUUGCUGAUGAAGAGGAAGAGACAGUGCUUAAAAUGAUAGCUCUAAUUUACAAUAAUCCUAUGGCACUUGCUGCUGUUGCGUUUUCUAAAUGCAUGAGCAGUGCCAACUGGUGGCAGUGUCUCGAAUCUCUUGAAAGGCAAAUUAGCUAUCUGACAGAACAAGAGCUUGUUUAUGCAACACAUCUUGUCGCAGCACUUUCAGUGAUGGUGUCAGCUGUAAUUGCAAGUAAUCAUGCUGCAAAUUAUCCUCUUCAGUUUUUGGCAGUUUGUUCCGAGGAACCAGUUCCUUUGAUGGCUGUUGAGAUAUUUAUUAAAUCCAAACAGAAAAGAGUUGAUUGCUGCAUAGAAGCAAUUCAAAAAUUUCCUUUUGUACUAAUGUCAUUGGAUGUGGAAGGAAAGCGAAUGUUGCAUCUUCACAAGGCGAUGAAAGUUGCUGUCAUGUCAAUGUCAUCAAUGAGACAUUGGUUGGAAAUACGAUUAAGUAUUCUGGGCACAUUGGCAAUGAUUGAAGAUUAUUUAAAUGGAAAUGAGUCCACAAGACGAGUUACUCAACAAAUGUUACCUCAUCUUAUUUACAUGAUAAAGUCAGUAGCUUGUGAACAAUCACUUCUCUCUAAUGCUCAGUGUAAAUCACUUGCAGAUGCUUGGUUUUACUGUGGUCAGUGUAUAGACUUCCUGGGUGCUGAUUGUUCGUUGUUGCUAAAUCAUCUUGAAUUACAAAGGGAGUGUUUCAACAAUGCGCUAUCUCUUCAUGCACAGCUGAAAGAGACAAAGACUGUCCAGAUUGCAAGAGAAUUGCUUGAACUUGGUCUUGUAUGCGAUGAUCUGAACUUGCCCUUGGAAGGAAAGAGUUACUUGGUAAGGGCAGUUGAUGUUGCUAAGUCCACAGGCAAUAUUGGGUUAAUCUUUCGAUCUCUGCAUGUUCUUGGUCGGAUUUUUCUCGACCUUGGUGAUACAAACCAAGCCAUAUUGUGUCUUGAAGAGUGUCUUUCUCUGCAUAAUGCAGAUAUUGUGAGCAGUGUUCUUCGAGCUUCUGUGCUGACAUUGUUGGGACGAGGCUACCAAGCAGUUGGUAUGUGUGAUAUUGCGGAAUCUAUCCUGAUGUAUGCUCUCUAUUUGAGCAGCGCUGCAGUGGGUAGUGGAUAUUUCUCUUCAAGGAGAGUGAGAUCUCAAGUGCUCUCUGGUUUAGGUCGGCUCUACUUGGAGCCUAGCUGCCAUAAGAUUGAUAAGGCAACAGAGCUUCUUGAGGAGAGCCUUCACAUACGAAUUGAUAUAGAUGGUUAUUACACUCAGUGCACAGCACUGACAUUGACAGGCCUUGGGCGAAUUCAUCUCAUGAAACAGGAAUUUGACUUGGCAAAACUAAAACUUACUGCAGCAUUGGUUGUCCUGCAACAGACUUUACCUGCUGACCACUCUGACACUGCAAAUGCCCUCCAUAUUUUGGGCAAUGUAGAAUAUCGUCUAGGAAAUUUGUCUGAAGGGAUAAGGCUUCUACAGCAGAGCAAGGCAAUGAAAGAACGAGUUGCAGGUGAUGUCCAUCCAAAGAUUACGAUGUUUGUAUCAACAGACCUUGGCAACGCCAUGCUGAAGUCAGGUAGGAUUGACAAAGCAUUGACUCUGCUACUGGAGGCACUGGAAGCCAAACGGAACCAGUUUGGAGAUUAUCACGUUGAAGUUGGCAUUGCUUAUAGUUGUCUUCAUGAUGUGUACAGAGCUGCUGGUGAUCUGCAGAAGGCUUCUCAGUGUCUCAUACGCAGUCGCCAUAUAAUGCAAGUGCAGAGUGCAAAAGGAAUAGCAGCAGCUGCUAAGGAAAAGAAGAGUCUAGCUCAGAAAUAUAUUGAUAAAUAUGAAGCAAUUAAGCAGACGUUGUCACAAAUGCAAACCUUGAUAAUGUAUGUCGUUGCUGGUGUUGUAUUAGCUGUUCUUGUUAUUUUUUGUAUUUUAUAAUAAUGUAGAUUUCGUACUCUAAGUACAUUCAGUAUAUAAGUACUUAAAUACAUCAGUUUUCUUUAUAAAAUUGGUCAAUGACUGUGUAUAUUAAUUACUAGAUAUUUUAUUAAUAAG